GACUGGUUCUGGGGAGUGGAGUUAGAUGGAACUCGGUGGCGCUGUAGCUGAGGUCAUCAGUUUGGUCUGUCUUCUUCCUACACCACAACAGAACUGACAGAAAAGCAUCCACACAAGAUCUCAGAGCUAACCCCUGACCUGAAAGAGAUGGAUGGAUGGGACAAACCUGUAGGGUCCUCUGUAGGGGCCAUGAUGUCCAAAGACAAUGGCAGCACCCCCACAUCUCCUCUGGUCAACCGGUCCUGUGCGGACCUGAAGUGCUAUAUGGUUCUGUUCGAGGCGGAGAAGACAGCCAUCGGCUCCAUCUGUUUCCUGGCCGGACCCUUCACUUUCCUGGAGAAUGCUUUGGUCCUGGGUGUGAUUGCCGCCACGGCCUCCCUGCGCCAGCGCCCCUCCUACCUCUUCAUCGCCAGCCUGGCCCUGGCCGACGUCUUUGCCAGCUGCUUCUUCACCACCAGCUUCCUGGACUUCCACCUGUUCCACCGCCUUGAUGGCCCCAUCGCCUACCUCUUCAAGCUGGGCGGGGUGACGAUGGCGUUCACCGGCUCGGUGGGAAGUCUUCUGUUGACUGCUCUGGACCGCUAUCUGUGUAUACAUCAGGCGUCGAGUUAUAAAGUGGUGUUGACGCGCCGCAGGGCCCUGUUGGCUAUCCUUGCCCUGUGGAGCGCCACCAUCCUCAUCUCCUUCCUCCCUCUGAUGGGCUGGAGGUGCCCCACAGGGCUCAGCCCACCCUGCUCGCGCCUCUUCCCAUACAUCGACCACCGCUACCUGGCCUGCUGGGUCAGCUUCAUCCUGGUGCUGCUGUCACUCAUCCUGAGUGCCUACGCCCUGAUCCUGUGGAGGGCCAAUCGGCAUGAGGCCUCCAUGACGGGCCUCCAGGGGGCGCCUACCGGUGGUCAGGCCCGCAUGCGGCUGGACAUCCGAUUGGCACGUACCCUGGGCCUGAUUCUGCUCAUAAUGGUGGGCUGUUGGCUGCCGACCCUCUCCUUCAUGCUGGCAGAUAUCUCGGUGCAGCUCACACACACCCAGCAGAGGGCCUUUGCUUUCUGCAGCACCAUGUGCCUGGUCAACUCUGCCGUCAACCCACUGCUGUAUGCCCUGCGCUGCCGGGAGCUGAGGGUGGCACUGAUGCGGCUGUUGGGGGGCCUGAGUGAGGGGCUGGGGUGCUGCCAGAGGCACGUAGGGGGAGACUCGACAACUACCCUUCCCUUAGGCGAGGGCAACAGCUGCAGCGCGCACUCCGAGAGUGAGGCGCCCAGACUCGUUAGCUGCCGACCGAACACAGUCUCAGAAAUGGUUGGCAAGCAGCAGCUGGACAUGACUGGAAAAUGAGAAGGGGUGAGAGGCUUACUGUAUAUCAGGGUUAUUGUAGUGGAGUGUUGUGAACUUGUGUUUCUUCUGUUGUGUUCAUAGCGAUGAGGAGGUAAUGUCUCUAAAAUGAACUGUGAUAACAGGGACUAAAACAAAGAUAUAGACCAUGUUACCAUAAAUUGUGUUGACCCACCUACAAGCCAAGUCACUACGAGAUAAUAUUAUUUUAUUAUUUGUCCAAGGGACAAAUGUUUUUUUACAUGGUUUUUACAAACCAGUAGAAAUUAGGGGAAUUAUCCCAAAUGAACACCUUUGGGAAAACAACAGCAUUGUUAAUGUUGGCAGUGCAAAUGUAGAUAGCUAUGUGUAUCCUAUGCUUGUUUUAGCUUGAGUGUUUGUCCUUUAGCGUCCAGAAGAGGAUCCUGCCGUGUUCCCAUCUGCACAUAUACACCUGUCCUGAACAGAGGCCCUAUGGAUUGCAAACAAUGUUCUCCACAUGUGACUGCGAGCAGUGUCGAGAUCAGAGGUGUAGGCAAGGCAGAGCCUGAGUGGGUCCACUAAGGGAAAAAAAAGAGGUCCACUCAGAUUUUGAUUUAUUAUUAUUUUUUAUUUUUUUUAAAUGUAAUGCUCUUUACUUGUCAGUGUUCCAAAUGGGAUAUUAUGUAUUUUACCUGAAUAUGCAAACAUAGCAAGCAGUGCACUGGGUUAGUCAGAUUUGAUUAAAUAUAACAAAACAGAUGACCUGGAAUGACAUCACUUGCCAAAAAGAACUAACUGAAAGCCAUACCCCCAAUGAGCAACGAAUAUGACUGCAUUGAGGCAUAUGUCACUGUGCUUCUAUGGCUACAUGCACCAUGCCACUACCUAUUUCAUUUGUUCAUUUAGCAAACAAGACAGCUCAAAAUCCAGCGCCUUUAUCACAUUCUACACACAUAUAUUUUAGUUUGAAUUUAAAAUUAAAAAUCCUACAUUUUCUCUCAGCCUCAUGGCAAAAUGUGUAGAAUAGCAUUAGAUGAGCUGAAAAAACGGCACAUAAACCUCUAAACCCUAUGGCAAAAUGUGUAAAAUAAAAUUGGGGGCCCAGACAAAUUUCUACAGGCCCAACCCACAACAUAUUUCUGGCAACGCCACUGGUCGAGAUGAGUGGGGCACAGGUCAGAAAGAUAGCGAGUCACACAACACAGAGACUAGAACACUCUUUUCUAUAGAACACUAUAAAUAGAAACUAUAGUUCACAAGUCAUUUUAGUAGAUCAAUAGCAAAACAAUCAAACACAAAGGUAGAUGUUUUGUCUUGUUAUCAAAAUAACAUUUUUAUUUGUCACAUGCUUCUUAAACAACAGGUGUAGACUAACAGUGAAAUGCUUACCCAUGGGUCCUUUUCCAACAAUGCAGAGUUAAAGAUAAAAAUAGAAAUAGUGAUAUGAGGAAUAAAUACACAGUGAAUAAUGAAUAACAAUAACAAGUUAAAACUCUAAGCCAAACUGCACUAAGACAAUUUGGUGUUUACUCUGCAGCAUUUGAAACAAAGUGUUGUGUGUUUAUAGUCCCCCCCACCCCCCCUCCCUCAAGAGGACAAUCCUUCUGAACACAGAUGACAGCCUGAAGACAGGGAGUCUGCCAUUUCAGGUCAGAAAAUAGUGGGGGAAAAAGGACAGACAGCAUGGUUUAUGUGAGGGGGUGAGAUGGCAGAGACUAGAUAGAGAGACAGUCAUUUCUGGGUAACAAUUAAGUACCUUACUGUGAUUGUUUUCAAUUAAAAUAGUCUAAAAUAAACAAAAAUAGCUUCUUAGCUAAGAGCAAUUUCUCAAGCAAGACUUUUGCUACGACUGUCUGGGAGUGGUCUGAAUGGGGAGGGGGAAACUGAAAACUAGCUCUGGUUGGCAGAGAGGUUUGGCACUCUAUUUCUUAUAAACUCAGCAAAAAACAAAUGUCCCUUUUUCAGGACCCUGUCUUUCAAAGAUAAUUUGGAAAAAUCCAAAUAACUUCACAUCUUCAUUGUAAAGGGUUUAAACACAGUUUCCCAUGCUUGUUCAAUGAAACAAACAAUUAAUAAACAUGCACCUGUGGAACGGUCGAUAAGACACUAACAGCUUACGGUAGACAAUUAAGAUCAGAGUUAUGAAAACUUAGGACAAUAAAGAGGCCUUUCUACUUACUCUGAAAAACACUAAAAGAAAAAUGCCCAGGGUCCCUGCUCAUCUGCGUGAACGUGCCGUAGGCAUGCUGCAAGGAGGCACGAGGACUGCAGAUGUGGCCAGGGUAAUAAAUUGCAAUGUCCGUACUGUGAGACGCCUAAGACAGCGCUACAGGGAGACAGGACGGACAGCUGAUCAUCCUCGCAGUGGCAGACCACGUGUAACAACAGCUGCACAGGAUCGGUACAUCUGAACAUCACACCUGCAGGAUAGGUACAGGAUGGCAACAACAACUGCCCGAGUUACACCAGGAACGCACAAUCCCUCCAUCAGUGCUCAGACUUUCCGCAAUAGGUUGGAUCGGAGGGUGAGGGCUAGAGCCAUUCCCCCCAGAAAUGUCCGGGAACUUGCAGGUGCCUUGGUGGAAGAGUGGGAUAACAUCUCACAGAAAGAACUGGCAACGUUGGUGCAGUCCAUGAGGAGGAAAUGCAUUGCAGUACUAAAUGCAGCUGGUGGCCACACCAGAUACUGACUGUUACUUUUGAUUUUGACACCCCCUUUGUUCAGGGACACAUUAUUCAAUUUCUGUUAGUCACAUGGCUGUGGAACUUGAUCAGUUUACAUCUCAGUUGUUUAAUCUUGUUAGGUUCAUACAAAUAGUUACACAUGUUAAGUUUGCUGAAAAUAAAGCAAUUGACAGUGGGAGGAAGGUUAUUGUUUUGCUGAGUUUAGAUGGGUUGUCUGACAAUGUCACAAAUUACAGUAUGUGCAGGCAUCGAUGUGGCCGGAACGACUCUGUGAUCUCACUCUCUGUACCAGAAAUGACUGGGUGAUCUCACUCUCUGUAGGCCAGAUGGAAUACCAGGAUGCUUACUUAGUGCAUGUGCUGACCAGCUAGAAAUUGUCUUCACUGACAUUUUUAACCUCUGUCUUACCCAGGUUGUAAUACCUGCUUGUUUCAAGCAGACCACCAUAGUCCUUUUGCCCAAGAAUGCCAAGGUAACCUCCCUAAAUGACUAUCGCCCACGUAGCACUCACAGCUAUAGCCAUGAAAUACGUUAAAAGGCUGGUUUGGCUCACAUCAACACCAUCAUCCCAGAUAACUUCAAUUUGCAUACCACCCCAACAGAUCCACAGAUGACCAAUCUCUAUUGCACACUGCCCUCACCCACAUGGACAAAAGGAAUACCUAUGUAAGAAUGCUGUUCAUUGAUUACAGCUCAGCAUUCAACACCAUAGUCCCCUCCAAGCUCAUCACCAAGCUCAGGACCAUGGGACGGAACAUCUCCCCCUGCAACUGGAUCCUGGACUUUCAGACGGGCUGCCCUCAGUCAUUGAGGGUAGGCAACAACACAUCUGCAAGGCUGACCAUCAACAUGGGGGCCACUCAAGGGUGUGUGCUUAGUCCCCUCCUGUACUCCCUGUUCACCCACAACUGCGUGUUCACACACGACUCCAACACCAUCAUCAAGCUUGCUGAUGACACGACAGUGGUAGGACUGAUCAACAACGACGAUGCGGCAGCCUUUACGGAGGAGGUCAGAGACCUGGCAGUGUGGUGCCAAGACAACAACCUCUACCUCAACAUCAGCUAGACAAAGGGGCUAAUCGUAGACUACAGGAAACAGAGGGGCAAGCACGCCCCCAUCCACAUUGAUGUGGCUGUAGUGAAGCGGGUCGAGAGUGUUCAAGUUCCUCUGUGUCUACAUCACUAAGGAAUUAACAUGGUCUAGACACACCGUUGUGAAGAGGGAACGACAUGGCAUGGCAACUGCAAGACACCGGACCAAAAGGCGCUACAGAGGGUGGUGAGUACGGCGCAGUACAUCACUAGGGGCGAGCUCUCUGCCAUUCAGGACCUUUAUACCUGGUGGUGUCAGAGGAAAGCCCCCCAAAAUUGUCAAAGACUCCAGCCAUCCAAGCCACAGACUGUCUGCUAAGCGUUACCAUUGCACUAAGACUGGAAUCAACAGGACCCCGAACAGCUUCUAUCCCCACACCAUAAGACUGUUAAACAGGACUGCUAAAUAGUUAAUCAAAUGGCUACCCAGACCACCUGAAUUUACCCUUUUUGAACUAAACUAUCUUGCACUGAUACACACUGGACACUACCUACACACAUACUUACACUCACACCCCAACACACAUACACACACUAAAUAUGUCCACGCACAACAUGCAUACUGAUGCCACACACACAUACUCACACGUUCACACUCACCACAUACGCUGCUACUGAUUCACAUACGCUGCUACUGAUUCACAUACGCUGCUACUGAUUCACAUACGCUGCUACUGAUUCACAUACGCUGCUACUGAUUCACAUACGCUGCAGCUACAGCUCAGUCUAUUAUCAAUCCUGUUGCUUAGUCACUUUACCCUUACCUAUGUGUACAUAGCUACCUCAAUUUCCUGGUACCCCUGCACAUCGACUCAGUACUGGUACUCCCUGUAUAUAGCCAUGUUAUUGUUAUUCACUGUGUAUUUAUUCCUUGUCUCACUAUUUCUAGUUUUACUUCUUUAUCUUUAACUGCAUUGUUGGGAAAAGACCUGUAAGUACGAAUUUUACUGUUAGUCGACACCUGUUGUUUACAAAGCAUGUGACAAAGAACAUUUGAUUUGAAGCAGUGUUUUGUUAUGAUUCUGAACGGUCAGAUAGCAUGCAACAAAGACAAGAAGCUGCCAUGUGUGGAAUCGUAGGUUGCUCAUUUCAGCUAGAUGUAUCUUGUUCUUGAUACCAUGUCUUAUUUUGAGGUGUUUUGACUUAUUUCAUGUCAAUGUUAAUAUGGCUCAAAUUUGCCAGCUAGCUAACCAACAACUGUAAAAAUGUAUUUGAGAGACAAUAAGUGCUCAUUGUGCAAAUGUAUUUGUUUUCAAUAAACAUUUGGCGAUGAAAUAUA